AUAAUUUAGAACUAAAGUGCGUUUUCCGGUUUCUUUUCUGAGCACCUGCUUUUUUUAGUGCAUUUUUUCUUAACAGUACACGGAUAUAGACACAGGAACAAAUUAUGGAAAUGAAAGAUCAAAUUCAUAUUUCUCCUUUCCUGAUGAUCAGCCAACACAAAAGGCAACACAGACCGCUGUUACACUGAAUAUGUAGAUGGAUUAUGUUGGACAAGACACAGCCAUGUUUUACUGGCCUGGGAAAUUAAUGUUUGGUGUUUUCUUCACUAUUUUGAAAACAUCCAUAACAAGUGAUCAUCAUGAUGAGUGGAUUUUCCCAGAAGUCUGCUUUGGUCAUCAUUCAGACUUUAUACCUUUAAACAAUAACGAGGUUGUACAUUUUACAGUCGCCCAACAUAUUCCAAUAUGGAUGAGUAUGUUUAACACCUUCAUUGACCAACAGGACUGUAACAGAAAACCGUGCCAAACCAGCAUUGCCUGCCAAAAAUCAUUUGAUCUGUCUGGAUUGUUAAGAAAAAAUUUUAAGAUCUACGUCAAAGUGAAAGUGGAUCACCAGAUUUACUAUUUUUGUCCUUUUACGUUCUUGUUAUAUUCGGGAGACAGUGUACAACCCAUUCAGGAAAUCCCAUGUUGGAUAUUGUUUCACAAGACGUUCCAUUGGCCUGAUACUAAUUUAACAUUAGCUGUUAAGUUCAACCCCAAAAAGGCCAGCAGCUUUGAUAUCCGCAAUGACACAAAAAUAUCAAUACAAGUGGGCACCUGUCGAAACUGCUUCAAGAUGAGAGCUGCUUCAAAACAAGUCCAUUUUAAAUCACCAUAUGUGGAGGAAAAGACGUGGCAAGGACAGUUACCUUGGGACUGUACUACGAGGAUUUGCCUUGAGUAUCGACCCUUCACCUAUACCGUCUCAGCCUACAGCUGUUCCGGCACCAAGAACAAAAGGUCCCAGGCUCCUUGUUACAUCACAUUCGAUCUUAAAGAUGAAACGCGAACGUCCAGGUUAACAAUAUGUCUGCAAUUGUCUUGGAGGAAAUAUGGUGUUCUUCAAUAUGAUAAUAAACUGCUGUUAGUGCUGAGAAUCGAUGGUGUGACUUACAUGGAAUUCCGUACCAGCUUGUUGGACGAGUUUUGGUGUUUACCGUAUAGCUGGCUGAGACAGAAAUCCAUUCUGACCUUACAGUGGAAUGGAUGUCAGCACAAAUGCUGUGUGAAGGAGCCGUGGAAACUCAUCGUAAAGUCCAACUUCUCACAAAGCCUGCCUUAUUAUUCAUUGUGUAAUCGGGAUCCCUAUCGGGAAAAAAAUGUCUCGUUCUCGUUCACUAAAACAAAUUCUGGACCAGAUCCACAUAAUGUGACUAUGUCAGUGAAGCGUUAUAACGAUGUGUUGGAGUGGACGAUACUGUCAGCAGCUCUGUGUACUGCCUUUGUGACAAUCAUUAGUAUACUAGUUGUUUGUGUGAUACGACGGAGAAGGUCCAGGACACCAACCAGUCGGAAUGUACCCCAAAGGCCUCAGCGUAGAUCGGUCCCCAACAGGACUGAAAACAACCCCACAUACGGUCUCACAGAACUUGAAGAGUUGACCUCAGUAAUCCCUGCGGAACCAAACCCUGAUAACCAGCUGCCAAACAACCUUGACCCUCCUCCACCUUACCAAGGCAAUGAUACAGCUCCCCCUAGCUAUGAAGAGGUGUGUCAGUUUCUGCCUGUACGGUAACAAAGAGUAUACAAAUGAGGCCAUGGACUUCGACAGAUUACAGUUAGUCAAGUGAGGAUUCUCAGUAUCUUAACUCUUUCAGUACCAUUGUCGACACAAAAAUGUGUCCCUCUUCCCUGUUGUCGAUAUAGUCGACAGGCUUAGUUGACAUUAUUAAAGUGUUGAUUUGUUGAAACUAUCACCCGGCAUAUACGUAUACACAAUCAUCAGAUGCAAGGACAAAUAAAAGGUGGUCAAAACUUUUGAAACAAACAUUUUUGAUGACAAAUUCGUUUUUAUUUCGUUUGGGUUAUGUGUUUUUCCGUUAGAGCAAUAGGUGAUAUUUUCUCUAUGUUGUUAAUGUAAACAAUAUGGCGGCUUGUACAUUUGCAUGUUAGAUAUCAUUGUCUAAGACGUUUCAGAGUGUUCAAUCUGACAUCUAGAUGUUAUUGAGCUAAAUAAUUCUUAAUUAUGUACAAAGAUCACACUAACCUUUGUGUUUCUAUGUGAAAAAACAACACACCAAAAACGCACAUGUGUAGUGAACUAGGAAAUAGACAAGUUUUAUAUGUUAUGUGUUCAAAGUUACCUAGAGCAGUUAAAGCUAUACGCUAUAGUCAGCCAAAUCUAUUCGAGUUGCUUCCCUUAGAUCAGUAGUUAAUUAACCCGUUUUAGGUUUACACCCUUCAUUCUAUAUCAAGGUAAAAUAUAACCAAACGGUAGCACCUGAAAGUCAGUCGUUAUUAGGUAGCACACGGUCCGUGGGACUAGUGGUCAGUGCCUAGGGCUGUAAUUAGAAAUGACGUUAUGGGGUGUAGAUACGCCCAUAUUUCGGGGUAAAGGUCAUGAUUGGUCAAUUGACCACAUCGUCAAUUCAUACAUAUUAAUUAACCCUUAGGGGAUAUAAAAAGACUUGCGCGUUUUAUAUAAGGAGUUCUCCAGCAGCUUUCAGUCUAAACGUUAACGGACUUAGUGCCGUUUGGAUGUACAUAUUUAGGAUGUAAAUAUGUAGACUUAGAUUUGUUUAAAUGUGUGUGAACUGUUAAGUGUGAAUGCGCCGGCGAUAGUGUGGAAGAUGGAUGAAACUUCAUUGGAUUGUAUUGUACCUUCGGGAUUUUCCUGUGGAUUAAUAAAUAUA